AUGAGGGUGUCCGUGCCGGGUCCCGUGGCCGCCGCCGCCGCUCCGGUGGCCGGCCGCGAGCCCUCGACGCCGGGCCAGGGCGGCGGAGGGGAAGGCGCCGUCGCGGCCGCCUCGGGCGCCGCGGUGCCGGGCUCGGUGCAGUUGGCGCUGAGCGUCCUGCACGCCCUGCUGUACGCCGCGCUCUUCGCCUUUGCCUACCUGCAGCUGUGGCGGCUGCUUUUGUACCGCGAGCGGCGGCUGAGUUACCAGAGCCUCUGCCUCUUCCUCUGUCUGCUGUGGGCAGCGCUCAGGACCACCCUCUUCUCCGCCGCCUUCUCGCUCAGCGGCUCCCUGCCUCUGCUCCGGCCGCCCGCCCGCCUGCACUUCUUCCCCCACUGGCUGCUCUACUGCUUCCCCUCCUGCCUCCAGUUCUCCACGCUCUGUCUCCUCAACCUCUACCUGGCGGAGGUUAUAUGUAAAGUCAGAUGUGCCACUGAACUUGACAAACACAAAAUUCUAUUGCAUUUGGGCUUUAUAUUGGCAAGCCUUAUCUUUUUAGUGGUGAACUUGACUUGUGCAAUGCUAGUCCAUGGAGAUGUCCCAGAAAAUCAGUUGAAAUGGACUGUGUUUGUUCGAGCGUUAAUUAAUGAUAGUUUGUUUAUUCUUUGUGCCAUCUCUUUAGUUAGUUACAUAUGCAAAAUUACAAAAAUGUCAUCAGCAAAUGUCUACCUCGAAUCAAAGGGUAUGUCUCUGUGCCAGACUGUUGUCGUAAGCUCUGUAGUCAUUCUUCUCUACUCUUCAAGAGCAUGUUAUAAUUUGGUGGUGAUCACCCUAUCUCAGGAUACAUUAGAAAGUCCAUUUAAUUAUGGCUGGUAUAAUCUUUCAGAUAAGGCUCAUAUGCAAGAUGUAAAUGGAGAAGAGUAUAUAGUAUUUGGAAUGGUCCUCUUUCUGUGGGAACACGUGCCAGCAUGGUCCGUGGUACUAUUUUUCCGGGCACAGAGAUUAAACCAAAAUUUGGCACCUGCUGGCAUGAUAAAUAGUCACGGUUAUAGUCCCAGAGCUUAUUUUUUUGACAAUCCAAGGCGAUAUGAUAGUGAUGAUGACCUGCCAAGACUGGGAAGUUCAAGAGAAGGAAGUUUAUCAAAUUCACAAGGGUUGGGCUGGUAUGGCACCAUGGCAGGGUGUGGCAGCAACAGUUACACCGUCUCUCCCCACCUGAAUGGACCUAUGACAGAUACUGCUCCUUUGCUCUUUACUUGUAGUAAUUUCGAUUUGAACAGUCACCAUAGCUUAUAUGUAACACCACAAAACUGACAGCAUUACCAAGUUGUGAUUCUUCAGUUGUUUUUCAUGAAUGUGUGUAUUCAAUGCGUUUAAAUGCCAUCUACAUAAACAUUCCAUUAUCUUUUGCAACUGAAAACAACGCCUGGAAAUGUGGCUGUGUUCAGCAGAGGACACAGCUAUUACUUUGACCUCUUCAUGGUACAGUGAAGUUAAAUGGAACAUUUGGAGUGGGAGAAAAGAGAUUAGAUCUUAAGGCACUUGAUGGUCUCCAAACAACUUGACUUGGGAACAUCAAAAGCAUAUUUGCAUAUUUGCACUUUUAUCUUUGUUCUGAAGAGUACACUGCAGUCCUCAAAAGUCAUACUCCAAUGUUCACCCUGGGAUAUUAUAUUGUACACCAAAUUAAGAGGCAAUUUUCCUAUUAAAAUAAAA